AUGGCCAGUUCAUUGGAAUUAUUCUUGAUGAAUUUGUUGUUAAUAACUUUCAGUCAGUUGUGUUGGAUUAAUAGCUUUGUAAAUGGCCAGUUCAUUGGAAUUAUUCUUGAUGAAUUUGUUGUUAAUAACUUUCAGUCAAUUUUGUUGUCCAUUGAGGGGAAAUUGGAUAUGCAGAGGGAUAACUUGAUGAGCAAAAAGGAGGGGUUUUUGCCAAAUAUGGAGUUUGAACAAGACCAUGUUCAGAUUCUUGAUGCAUUGAUGCCUCUGUAUUUGAAUAAUCAAAUCUUGAGGACAUUACAGGAGUCAUUAGCAAGUGAGCUUGCUGCUAGGAUGAAUGCAAUGAGCAACACUACUGAUAACGCGAUUGAUUUGAAGAAGACUCUUUUGAAUGCUUAUAAUCGCCAACGACAGUGUAAGAUUACUAGUGAAAUACUCGAGAUUGUUGCUGGAGUUGAAGCAUUUUUGUAG